AUGAUCAAACACUGGAGUGCUACCUCAUUGUUGGCACUUGUACUGCUUUGCUGUUUCACUGGGACAAAGGUUGAAGCAAGGAAGAAGUCUUCCGGACGGCAUAGGGAUCUUCCAGAUCCACCCUACGAUCACCCUUAUGACCCACAACAUCCGCCAGAUCAAGAACAGAAGAAUCCUUCAAACCCUGAACCACCUUAUCCCCCUGACCAAGUCUUUCCACCUUAUGUAACUGUUCCUCCUCCAAACUCUCAAAACCCAAAUGUUCCACUACCAUGGCCAUUUCCUCCAUCUUCUCCAUCGCAAAAAUCUCAACCACCAAAAAAGACAUUAUUUGGAGAUGACCAGAAUCCACUUGUGGCAGGAGCCUUUUUACGAGUUCUCCAAUCUGACCAACCCAACCCAAAGUUUACACAAAACCCACCAAGGAGAUAUUUUUCAUCCUCACAUCACAAUGUGGACUCGACAUCAGACCACGAAGUGCAUUAUCCCAUGAAUUAUCACUCUGUCUUCUACCCUCCUCCAGGGUCAAAUCCACCAAACUCGAAACCAAUAAGGAUUCAUCAAAGGGAACCAUAUACAUACUACGAUGAUUUGCACAUGUUGCUGCGUGCUCCACAUGCGGGUCAAGAUCAUCAGCUACUCAGUGAUUCUUCAUCCCCUACAAAACCUGUGAACCAACCGCCUUCAUUUCCUGGAAUACCUGUGCCCCCAGUAUAUCAUUUAGCCCGUCAUCCUUCACACCACAAAAAAGAUGAGGACCAGUCAACGAGGAAUCCUUCAUUAUCCAGACCACCUGUUGUCUCUGUUCAUCACCAAACCAAUAAUCCUCCCUUCAACCAAUUACCUCCACCACCCAAGUACCCACCAAAGCACCCACCAAAGGAUCAUACAAACGAUGGCAAUCCAGCGGGAUCCAUCCACAAACAGAGAAUUCCUUUAUUAUCCUUAAACAAUUGGUUCAUAGAUCCAACUAGAAAACAUGUAGACCAAGAACAUCAGCAUCCUAUCCAUCAACAACAGUCAGUGCCCGGCGAUUCAGCAUCCCCUCGACUGAAUAUGGGCCUUUAUUAUUUUAAUACGAAAGGAAAAAGUGUGGAACCUCGAGGAUUUGCAGAUAAUCAAUAUUCCCAGAUACAUCAGGAACAGCACCCUGAGAAAAAGACGUCAGUCCCUUAUAAACCCAGUGUGAAACAGCCCAACCUUCAGACAUGUGACGUCCCGGAUUUCCAAAGAAUUCCAUGUGGAAGUUCUGACAUUUCUGCCUCUGCAUGUGAAGCCAUUAGCUGCUGCUACAGAAGUCACCAGUGCUACUUUGGGAAAAGUGUGACUGUCCAGUGCACCAGGGAUGCUCAGUUCAUUGUGGUAGUGGCCAGAGAUGCCACUCUACCCAACAUAGACAUAGAGACUAUCUCACUGUUGGCGGAUGGUCCAGGCUGCACACAGGUUGACUCCAAUUCCGCUUUUUCCAUCUUCCAGUUUCCUGUGACUGCAUGUGGAUCUGUUGUCAUGGAGGAUGGUGACAAAAUAAUCUAUGAGAAUAGGAUGACCUCCUCAUAUGAAGUUGCAGUGGGGCCUCUGGGGGUCAUUACCAGGGACAGCAGCUAUGAUUUACUCUUCCAGUGUAGAUACUCAGUCACGUCUGUUGAGACUGUGGUUACAGAAAUUAUACCAUUACAGGAUCCUCCUUUAUCUGUUGCUGCUCUGGGUCCCAUUCAUGUCCAGCUAAGGUUGGGGAAUGGACAAUGCCAUACAAAGGGUUGUAAUGAAGUGCAAGUGGCCUAUAGCUCCUAUUAUUCAGAUGGAGACUAUCCUGUGAGCAAGAUCUUGAGGGACAACGUUUUCGUGGAGGUUCGGCUCACGGACAGGACUGAUCCAAAUCUAGCACUGACCCUGAGUCGCUGUUGGACCACCACAAGUGCCAGUCCUCACAGUGUGCCUCAGUGGGACAUUCUGAUCAAUGGGUGUCCAAACAUUGAUGAUCGCUACAUAUCUCACCUGGUUCCUGUUGUUGGGGUGGACUUCCCAAGUCACUACAGGCGCUUCAUUUUCAAAAUGCUUACCUUCGUAGAUCCAAAUUCACUAAUACCCCAGAGUGAACAUGUGUACAUUCACUGUAGCACAUCUGUAUGCAAUGCAGCCUCAGGCCAUUCCUGUGAGCCUGUAUGCUACAGAAAAAAGAGAGAUGUGAUGUCUACAGAACAAACAAAGGUGCCAUCUAGGAUUGUGGUCUCAGCUGGACCUCUGGUUAUGAACAUACCUUGA